UUUCAGCACCUACAUGCUCAACAAGCAUAUGAAAUCCAGGUGUCUAAUUUGACAAGAUCUGUGGGUAAUUUGGAAGAGAAUCUAAGACAAACUGAAGAGGAUAAACAGAAUUUAUUUGCUGAUAUGACAGCAGUCCGUGAACUCUGCAGUCGUCUGGAGGGCAGUAAAGAAACUCUACAACGGCAGUUAACUGCUACGAAUUUGGACAAGGAACAGCAAACCCAAGUUAUUGAAGAUUUACAGCAAGAAGGUGACUUGUUGAAGAGUCAACUGGAAUCAGAGAGAAAGUCUUUGAAAAGUCUGGAAGAAGUUCUACAGUCUAACCGCGAAAAGGAAUUCGCUUCUCAACUUUCAUCUCAAGAAAACAAGGCUGAGAAUCAGAUGUUGAAAGAUCGUUUAGCUCUUAAUGAUAGUAAAAUCCAAACCCAGAGCCGUGAAGUAGCCUCAUUACGAACUAGAAAUGUAGAAUUAGAGGGUGACGUAGAAAGAUUGAGAAGACAGCUGACUAAUGAACGUUUUGAAAGAGAACGAGCCACUCAGGAAUUAAGAAGAAAUGGUUUAAAUGCACCAUCUUUA